UCAUAACUCAAGCAGUCCCAAACACCACAAUGGUCAGCGAUAGCCUUAUAUCUGUCUUAGAUCCAUAGAGAACUCGAGACCUGUGCGAGCCCAUUUCGGUUUCUCUCGAAAAGUUGCUUGUUGAUGACCGGCGACAAUCCCGUUUAGAUUGGUGGUGUGACUGACGACAUGAGUCUCGCGAGUGAGUUUCCUUCAAAUCAGAAGACCCGCUAAAGAACAGGCCGGGGGACCGAAAUUAGUGUUCUGUUUGCAAUGGCUCUUGCAAUGUCUUGCUGCGUGGAUAUCCGUACUGCAAGCGGACAUGCUGUACCCCAAUCCUGGACAGGCGGACCCUCCGCACACAUCUCGUCCUCCACCGGUCAGAUCCACCCUUGUCGUCGCUCUGCUAUUACCAGUGGAACCGAACGGGGAAAGCCUGCUGCUGAUCGUACCCCCUCUCAUCAGCGCCAAAUCGCCACGUCGGCGCUAUUCUUUUCCAGGUCAAGCCGACGACAAGCUAAAUGCUGUACAAGCUGCUGCUUGGGCGGCGGCAGCGUCAAACUGGGCUGGCGGAGAGCGGCACUGGUUGCGUCCCGGCGAGUAGAUCAGCAGCAGCCAAACUGCGAGCCACAUUUGACGGUAGACGCACAACCAAGGGCAGCAACGUCCCUUUGCACUCGGGCGUCCGAGUCCGUUCGCCGGCCACUCGUUAGGGAGGACAGGAGAUGGACGCUUUCGGUGUCAUCUGUAGAAAGGCAAGCUGCAGGAUGCUCUGCUAGCGUACUGUCUCCACUGCCGUCUUCCUCUGUCACCCAGGUCAGGCAUCUGCAGAGGUCUACGAGGCGAGCUGCCGGCCGGCGAACUCGCCUUGUUGCGUGCUCCACGCAGUACAAUGAUGUCGCCGUCCAAGCCGAGUCCGAAGAUGUUCCUGGUAAUGGCGCCCCUGCGCAGGGGAGCAUCACCAAAGGCGCUGUCGUUAGGGUGAAGGCGCCGCUGGUCGUCUACCACGUGCCUAAACAACCGUCACUGAACCUGGAAGGGAUGGAGGGCAAGGUGGUGGAUAUUGUGGACAUGUGGAAGGGGCAACACCUUUCUGCCAAUCUUCCAUACAAAGUCGCCUUCGAGCAAGACCUUGGCGGAACCGGAAAAGCGACCAAGUUCUUUGCCCAUUUUACAGAGGAUGAGAUUGCGGUAGUCUCCCAAGCCGAGGCUUAACUGACAAGCCCCCAGUUACGAGAGGGCCACCCAUUAGGAGGGGGGUUUGAACGGCCAGGGUGCUUUUUGGAGGGCCUGCGAAUGGCGGGAGAAAGGCAGGUGGACGGGAAAAUGGGAAACAGGGGUCUUCACCCAUUUUAGAGAGGAUGAGAUUGUGAUAGUCUCCCAAGCCGAAGCUUAGCUGACAAGCCCCCAGUUAGGAGAGGGCCAUGAGAUUGUGAUAGUCUCCCAAGCCGAAGCUUAGCUGACAAGCCCCCAGUUAGGAGAGGGCCAGCCUUUAGGAGGAGGGGGUUCUGAAGGGUAAGGGUGCCUGUUUGGGGGGUUGCGAAUGGAGGGAGAAAGGCAGGUCGAGGGGAAAGUGGGAAACAGGGGGAAGAGAGGCACAGUGGGGAAAGGUGGGGGAUUUGCAGGAGUGUGGAGGGCGUGGGACGUGGGACAGCAGCAUUCUGGAUGCCAUGGAAUUAUGUUCUGUGUGAUAAGGAUGCUGUGGGGGGCAGCAAAGGGGGCUGCAAAAGUCGGGUGACAGGAAAACAGGGGGAAAGAGAGGCCCAGCGGGGAAGGGUGGGGAUUUUAGUAGGGGCGGUGUCUCUCGGCAUGAAACACCCACCAUUCUGGAGGCUGGGAACUGGCCCGGUGCAGCACACUGUCGGCGGCAGUGCGCUGACCAGGAAGAGGCAGCGGAAAUAGCGUAACGGAAGGGGGGGUAGGGCACCCUGCCAGCGGAAAUAGCACGAUGGAAGGGGGUUAAGGCACCCUGCCUGGUGUUGGGGUCCACAGGUGGGGGUUCCUCCAGGCAGUGGGUUGGCCUGGGAGGAAGUGUGGUUUGUGGAGGGGGCAGGAGAGGUGGUGAGUGGGUGGCCGUGGGGGAAGAGUCUCGUGAGGUGCACAUACCAACAAGGACUGAGCCAUUUAGGUGACGAGGGAAUGUCAGCGAGAGCAGUAGGAUUGGGGGAAAGGCUGCUCAAUGAGGGGGUUGCAGCAUCCAUAAUCUGGGCUACCAUAGCGGCGAGCUACAGGCAGGAGUAAGCCAGCUGUAAUGGUGAGGACCUGUAGCCACAGCUAUCCAUAGCGGUGAGCUACCGGUAGCAGCAGGCAUCCCCAUAGCGGUGAGCUACCGGUAGGAGCAGGCUAGCCAUAGCAGUGAGCUACCGGUAGCAGCAGGCUAGCCAUAGCAGUGAGCUACCAGCUAUCCCUAGUGGUGAGCCACUGGUAGCAGCAGGCUAUCGCUGCCGUCUUCACCUGAAUACAACGUACGGUCUUUAUAGCUGUAUUUGGGGCAUCUUUGAGUCUAGCAGCAAAAAUGACCGUACGUUGUAUUUGGGUGAAGACGGUAGUGGCGACGUACAUGUAGCAGCAGGCUGUUGAUAGCUGCGAGGUGUCAGUAGCAGCAGGCUACCCAUCGAUGCCCAUAAGCACUGCACGAGAGCUGGGCUAGGUAGUCGUAGCCAAGCCUCGUGCAUGUGCAGGCUGGUCUCGGGUAUCUUUAGCUGCAGGCUUGGAUAUCCGAACCAGUGGGCUACGUCCAUGGCGGGUGUCUUUAUCUGUCCAUACAGUUUGACUCUAUUCAUGCAUAGCGGGUAAGUGAAUGAUCUGCAAGUACUGGGCUCGAUUCAUCCAUAGCUGCAGGCCUGGUUACCCGUAGCUGCAGGCUUAGCCUACCCAUAGUUGUGCGAUAGGAGAGCUUUCCCAGUGGGCUACGUCCAUAGCAGGCGACUGUACUUGUUCAUACAGCUUGAUGGAAAGCUUGGGACAUAGCGAGGUCGAGGUAUGCUAUAGCCGAUUGGAGGCAAGAGCGAAAAAUAUUCCAAAUUCGGAAAGGCUUCACCCAACAUUCAAGUAGAGGGAGAGGAUUUGUCGAACAUCCCAAAUUAGGCAACAAUCAGCCAGAGAGUAUUUGUUGUGACAAAGAGGAAAAAAGAAAAAAGAAGUUGUGACAGUGGCAUCCGCGGAUGAACAUUGAUUUCA